AGGAGCCGCCGCCGCCAUCGGCGCCGUCGUUCGGGUUCCCUGCCAUGAUCAGCACGGGGGGCUGCAGGCGGUCGUGGCCCAGCCCCGGGGGCUGCGGGCCGUGGCGGUCGGGGGCGGCGGCCGGCGCCUGAGGGAACUCCACGGCGGGACCCGCGGGGAUGCCCUGACAGGAUCUGCCCAGCGCUGCCAUCUUCCUGCUGCCGGGGAGAAAGAGGACAUCAACGCCGACCCUCUGUCCCCACCGCCGGCCCCCUCACGGGGAGGCCCGGGUCGGCGUCGGUUCCCGGCCCGAGGCCGCCCUCCCGGCCGCAGGCGCUCCCUCAGGAGAGCGCGGUGUCCGGCGCCGCGGCGGCGCAGCGUAGUUUACUAACUUUUGCACAGGAGCUCAGAUUCAGCCCAGGGUAAGGAUGGAGCAGCAGCCCCUGCUGAGAGGGUCUAGCGCGCCCAGCAAGUUCCCCACCUGGACCUUGUUUCUUGCUGUUUGUGCCGUUGGAAUCGGAGGGACCUUCCAGUAUGGGUAUAAUGUCUCCAUCAUCAAUGCUCCCACCCAGCACAUACACAGGUUCUUAAAUGAAACCUGGACUAGUCGUUAUCACAAGGAACUAAAUCCAGAUUUGCUGACUUUCCUUUGGUCUGUCAUUGCUUCUAUAUUUUCACUUGGAGGCCUGUGUGGAGCCCUCAUUGGAGGCAGCAUGGCCAUCCGGCUGGGCAGGAAAGGAGCUCUUUUGAUGAAUAAUGUCAUAGCAAUACUGGCCUCUGUUUUAAUGGGGAUCAGUUUUCCUACAGGCUUGUUUGAGUUACUGAUUGCUGGAAGGUUUUUGAUUGGCAUAAAUUCAGGUGUUGGGCUCUGUGUGCAGCCUCUGUAUAUUGGGGAGGUUGCCCCAAAACAUCUGAGAGGUGGCAUGGCCAUGGGGAGCUCCAUCUUUCUGACUGGAGGGAUUCUGACGGGACAAAUAAUCGGCUUGAGGGAAUUACUAGGUGGAGAAGCACAUUGGCCUCUGUUGUUGUCCAGCAGCUGUUUCCCAGCAUUUGCCCAACUUUUAUUCCUGCCGUGGUUUCCUGAAAGCCCCAGAUACCUUCUUAUAGACAGAGGUGAUGAGCUGAGCUGUGCCAAAGCAUUGAAGCGGUUUCAUGGGUCUUCAGAUUAUCGAAGGGAGAUGGAGGACAUACAGCGGGAAUGUGUUGCUUUAGAUGGGGAGAAACCCAAGAAGCCCUGGCAAUUAUUCACCGAUCGUGGUGUGAGGUGGCAGCUCAUCACUGUGAUUGUGAUGACCAUGGGCCAACAGCUCAGUGGGAUAAAUGCUAUUUAUUUCUAUGCAACUUAUAUUUUUAAAGAAGCUGGCAUCUCAGCAGGAAAAAUCCCAUAUGUGACACUGGGCACCGGAGCUUGUGAAUGUCUCACAGCCCUCACCUGUGGUUUGCUGAUAGACUACGUGGGAAGAAGAUACCUCAUCAUUGGGGGUUAUCUCCUUAUGAGCCUUUGGAGCACUGUUUUAACCUUCUCUCUGACUUACCAGGAGCUGUACCCGUGGGUGCCCUACCUCAGCAUGGCUUCUAUAUUUGCCUUCAUCCUGAGCUUCGGGCUGGGACCAGGAGGCAUCACAAAUACCCUGACAGCGGAACUGUUCAUACAGUCCUCCCGUCCUGCCGCCUACAUGAUAGCAGGGACUGUAAGUUGGAUCAGUUUCUUCACCAUUGGAAUGCUCUUUCCCUUCAUAGUGAACGGGCUGAAGCAGUAUUGCUUCCUGGUCUUCUUACUGGAGUGCUCCUUAGUGGCUGCUUUCAUCUUCCUCGUCAUUCCUGAGACAAAAAACAAAUCUUUUCUGGAAAUCAAAAAGGAAUUUGACAAGCUUAAUUUUGGAAGAAAUAGUAAAAAAAAGGAAGCCGAGCUUUAUGAAAGAAAACAACUCCACGAUGAAUUUGAAAAAAAUUCUGUGUAAUUUCACAGCUGUAACAAAACUUUAAUGAGAAUUAUAUACAGUGUCUUCUAAAUGAGCAGUGUAAUACCAUCAACAAGUAGCUUAUUAAAUCCUCCGAUGUAUUUAGAGGAGGUUUAAUUAAAAGCAAGUUAAUCUUUCUGAAAUACUGUCAAAACAUCUAUUGUUGAACUGCUACUAACAACACUAUAUUUUACGUAGAAGCUGGAUGUUUAGAUACAGGUUGGUGUUGGAGGAACACAAAUGCCAGGAGAGGGUGUGCGGUGAAUUCCUCCUCCCGCAGAUUUAGUCAGAUAAUUCAAUAGCUCUUCUUGUAUUUCUAAGAGACAGUACAGCACCUUCCUGAGUUACUGUUGUUUGUAAUACAGUUUGUUAGAAAGACUCGUUUCCUGAAAGAGUACUAAUAAAACACUUCCUGGGCUUUGA